AUGUUUGUGAAUACAAUUACAUUUUUGAUUUCUUUGAUAUUUAUCUAUUCUCUAGGGAAUUUGUACCUGCUCAGGAUUACAUAUAUAAAUAGGGAGAAUGUGGAAAUAGUAAUUGGUUUAUUGAAUCAGUUUAUAUCAUAAAAUUAUUAUUCUCCUGAAGCAAUUUCGAAGGAGGUAAUUAUCAUUGUUAAUUUUUAAGUUUAACACCAUUCUAGUUUAACCUCAGCAUGAUUAUUGCAUCAAAUCAGAUACUUAUAAAUAUUUUCAUCAAGAUAUCGUUAUGAAUGAUACAUACACAUUCAGAGAAUAUCAAGGUGUUGUGAAAAAUGCAUUAUAAAAGUACUUUUUUGAUGUCUUGCCUAAUCUUAAUCUAUACAGAAAAAAUAAAGACAGUAUGCUUCCUCAUUAUAUAAGAACCUCAUCAAUUUAAAUUGCCACUCAAACUUACAUUGCCAUUUACUUAUUAUGAUUAAUUAGUACAAAAUUUUAAGGUUGGAUAAUGUAAGAAUUUAUUAAAAAAUAUAGAAUCUUUGUGCUUAUUUUAAAAUUAUAAUCAUUUACCUUAAAGAGCCUCUUUAUCUCAUAAGAAUAGAUUGAUGACAAAUUAGAUGAACUAUUUACGAAUCUUAUAUUAGAAUCACGCUGAUGCAGAUUGUAUUGUAAUUAUUUAAAUUAUUCAAUAGAAAAAUGCAACAUAUCUACCUAAAACUUACAGAUUAUUUAAUGAAUAGGAAUGCUAGAAAUUUUUUAAUUACAUAAAUUCAGAAGAAUAUGAAGAAAAAAUAAGAACAGAGGGCCCUUAAUUUAUUGUUAAGAUGGGAAAAGAAGUACAUAGAGGACGUGGGAUUAAAAUGUUGUUUCCUCAAGAGAGAGAAGAAUUAAAUAAGAAAUUUGAUAAAGGAGAAUUAUGUGGUUCAGUAAAAACAUUUAAAGUGGCUUAAUAAUAUAUUGGAAAUCCUCUACUGUAUAAAGGUCAUAAGAUAGAAUUUCGAGUAUAUUGGAUAUUGGCAUCAACAAACCCAAUAAUUGCUUAUGCUUAUGACAAAACUCUAAUUCGUAGAUGUAUAUUUCCUUUUGAUAAAUUUUCUCUUCAGAAGGGAGCUCAUGUGUGCAAUACAGCAAUAGUGAAAAGCACUUUGAAAAAAAUGCAGAAUGAGGAUGAUGAUGAUGAUGAUAAUGAUAAUGAUAGCGAUGAAAACAAUGACGAUGAUGAUAAUAAUGAUGAGAUGAAUAGUUAGGAGGAUAGUUUAUUUAUAGAUUGGAAAUUAGAUCAUUUAUAAGAGAUUUUGUUGAGAGAAGGUAGAAUAAAGAAUAAGAAUUGGUUAUAGUAGGAAUUAUUACCAUAGGUAGAUAGAAUGAUAAUUCAUGCAAUUAGGAGCACUUAGCAUACAUUUGCAAAAGAUAGUAAGUUAGGAGAAUUUUUUGCAGCAGAUUUCUUAUUAAGUGAUGAAUUAGAUUUGUAUAUAAUGGAGAUAAAUUAUAAUCCAUAGACUCUAAAUACAACAGAAUCAAGAAGAGAAUAGCAUUUUAAGAUGGUAUAGGAUAUGGUAGAGAUUUCGAAUGCUUAUUUGAGAAGCAGAUUCAUUAGAUUUUAAAAGAUAAUUAGAAGAUUAGUAUAGGAAUUAGAGUAGAAGAAAUAGAAAUAAAAAGAUUUAAUAACAAAUUAGAUUGGAUAGGAGAUUCAUAGAGCAUAUUUUGAUAGAUUAGAGUCUGGAAUAAGUAUAAGUUCAAAUAAUUUGUUUCGAUUAUUGAUGGAUGAGAAUUUGGAUGGGACAAGAAUUUAUAAGGAUUUAUUAUAGGAAAGAUGCUUAUUUUGA